ACCAUAUUCAACAACUUGUAACUAAACUUUCAAGUCAUCUCAAAUCGAUCACAAAACACCGUUCACCAUGAAAUUGAUGCUAGUCUUUGGAAUUAUGUCAGUGGUCUUGGCCUGCGCUUGGGCAGCACCUCAAGGUGGCAAAGAUGUCGAAGUUGUUGAACAAACAUACGAAAACACUGGCUUCGAUGGCUACAAGUUUAGUUACACUCUCAGCGAUGGCACCACCCGCACUGAGCAAGGCACCGUUAUUAAUGCUGGCACGGAAAAUGAAUCACUUUCGGUUAAGGGAUCGGUUACAUGGGUCGCUCCAGAUGGUCAAUCCUAUACAGUGAACUUUGUUGCUGAUGAAAAUGGUUUCCAACCUGAAGGUGCUCAUUUACCCAAAUAGAUUGCUCAGAGAUCAUUGCCAAAACUCCUGGUUACAACCACUGCCUCUGUUACGUGAUCGACUCCUGUAGAAUUAUUUAUAUUUUGUUAAGAUUGUUAUCCUGUGAAUAGCAAUUACUAUGGCAAUAAAAAUCAUUCAGUCAGUGUUCAAAGAAAA